UUUUCAUUUUGAAUGUUAAAUUGAGCGUACUGAAACGUGAUUUUGUUUGGAAAUGUUUUUAUUUUAGUUAAAGGUGCACUGUGUAACUCUUAGGAGGAUCUCUUGGCAGAAAUGCAAUAUAAUAUACACCUUUAUAGAAUCUAUGACCGUUACACAAUUAUUUGCCGCCAUUUCCAUAACACUUUAGUUUGGCUCUCUUGCCUCAAGUUUCCGAUGCCCUAAAGCUGGCUACCUCAAGCAUCCGACACAGCCUGAUCCAAUUUACGGAUAUAUCGAACUAGAAUUAACUUGUUUUGAACCUGGUGCAAAGCAUGCUGGGAGCAUGGGGCUUAUGUCGUAUAAAACCCUGUGCACGGAAUAUUGACACACACUUACAAGCUUACUCCCAAUCGGAUCUUACAUACUUCAUAGUGGUCUCUCAUUACAACUACUAACUACUACCUGGAGUCAUGGUUCUGGAGGACUCUGAUAUGGAAUUAGUAUUUGAUAUUGAAGUCUCUGAACAUGAUGUGGAGACUCCAUAUGGCAGAAUCCACUGUACCAUGAGAGGAGUACCUAAGGGGGACCGGCCUGUCAUCCUCACCUAUCAUGAUAUUGGGCUGAACCACAAAACCUGCUUUGACUCCUUAUUCAAUCAUGAGGAUAUGGCAGAGAUCAUGGAGCACUUUGCUGUGUGCCACGUAGAUGCACCAGGGCAGCAGGACGGCGCUAGCACCUUCUCUAUGGGGUACGAGUACCCUUCCAUGGAUCAGCUGUCAGAGGCUCUUACAUCAAUCCUUAAACAUUUUGGACUGAAGAGUGUGAUCGGUCUGGCUGUGGGAGCAGGCGCUUAUAUCCUCACUAAGUUUGCUUUGGACAAUCCAGACAUGGUGGAGGGCCUUCUUCUGAUAAACAUCAACCCUUGUGCUGAAGGCUGGAUGGACUGGGCCGCACACAAAAUCUCUGGUUGGACUCAUGCCAUGCCAGACAUGAUCAUCUCUCAUUUGUUUGGAAAGGAAGAAAUCCAGCACAACCAUGACCUUAUUAGCAGAUACCGUCACCACAUCGUAAAUGAGAUGAACCAGUUCAACCUGCAGCUCUUCAUCAAGGCCUACAGCAGCCGACGAGACCUAGAAAUCGAGAGGCCUGUGCCUGGUGGCCACGUCAACGCCAGAACUCUAAAGUCUCCUGCACUGCUGGUAGUUGGAGACAGUUCUCCUGCAGUUGAUGCAGUGGUUGAGUGCAACACUAAAAUGGACCCAACAAAAACCACACUGCUUAAGAUGGCAGACUGUGGAGGCUUGCCCCAGGUCGACCAGCCUGCAAAGCUCACAGAGGCCUUCAAGUACUUCAUCCAGGGCAUGGGUUACAUGCCUGCCGCCAGCAUGACCCGCCUAGUCCGUUCGCGCACGGCAUCCGGGUCGAGCGUCACCUCGUUCGAAGGCAGCCGCAGCAGGUCGCACACCAACGAAGGCAACCGCAGUCGCUCCCACACCAACGAGGGCCGCAGUCGAGGCCACACUUCCGACAACCAACGCGGACGCUCUCACACCGACAACAUGGACAGUUCUGUGGACCAGGGCCCAAAGUCCACGGAAGUGUCCUGUUAGACCAGCGACCAUGUUUCUGGUCUGUUAUCAUGCAUGCGUUAACUACUCUGUUCUGACUGUGCUGCGCUGCCACUAACUAGACACGCAACAGGAAUGCAAGCCACCGGCUCGGGUGUUUCCUUCAGGGCCCUAAACUCCGUUUUUAUUAAUCAGAAAGCAUUUUUGCCAAAGUGUCUUGUUUUUAGGAUAUCAUUUCCUGGGGAAACACCGAUGAAAGAGCAGGUAGAAUGGAAGAAGGACUGGAUAUUGAAUUAUUUUUCGUUUUGUUUCGCACCCUACGUAACAGCUGUUUUGGUGUUGUUAGAGGCAAUGCAGCACAGAGACAUUGUGAUGGGCGACAUCAAAAUAAGCUGGGCACUGGAAAAGGGCACAUGUUUGUAAAUUUAUGUUGAUCUUUAGUCUGCAGUUUAUUUUCUUUUAUAACACUCUCAUUUAUUUGACUGUAGUUUCACUCAUUAAAUGAUUGUGAAUGGCUCCUAAUAAUAUUGAACUUUUUACCAUGCAUAAUUCAUUUUCUGUAUAUGUUGAAAUGGACCUCAAUGAAUGGACUAGGAAUAGGUUGACCACAGCAUAGAGAAGGUGCAUUUUAUGAUGCUACACUAUUUAAACUAUAGUAUUAUAUCUUAUAAGAUUAUAUUUUGCAUUGUCCUAUUUGAGGGUGUCCAGGGUUAUAUAUUUGUAGCUUAGUGAUUGAUGCUCUUAAAAGUGAUUUUUUUUUUUCUUUUUAAUUAUGAUUUUUUUUAAACCAAAGGUAAACCAAAAAAAGUGAAGAAAAAUAAUCGUAUUAGUUUAAAUUCAACAAAACCAAUCUGUAGACAAGGAUAUUAGAAUGCAACGGCUGUGCAGGAAAGAUGAUUUUUGUUGUGGUUUGUUUAUAACAACAAUGAUUUCUAUGCAAUCAAGCACAACAGAACAAAUGUGCCAUGGAUUCCUGUACUUGGACUCGAUGCUUUUUUCCUCAAGGCUUUGAAAGAAUAAAGCAAAGGAUUGUUCGGAUGGAGAACGUAAAUUGAAAUAACUCACAUGCUCUUCCACGCACACUAAAACAAAUGCUUACAUGCUCUGUAAGUCUUGCUUUGUAAAAAUGUGUACAACAAACCAAAUGCACUGCAUUUUUAACUGAAUAACAGUUUGUAUUUAUUUUAAAAAGGGGAAAAAAUUAAAGCUGGUUACUCUA